UUCCUCUACCUUUAUAUUAACUGAAGGAGAAAAUAUAAAAUGUAUUGAAUUAAAUUCAAAAAAAUGUUUUGUGAAACAAUUUAUGGCUAAAAGAGGAUAUAUUUAUUAUAUUCCUCCAAUGCAUACAAUUCGGUUUCUAUCAAAUAAUGGACUUUAUCUUAAAGGAUUCCGAACUUUUAGUUUUGAGGUAAAAAUAUCUUCAAUUUAUUCAAAAAUAUUCUCAAUGAAACAAACAUUUUAA